AUGGACAAAUGGCUGUUUUUCUACGUGGAAUGCGAGAUCACACACGGGAUUAUAUGCGGAUCACGCGCAUGCCCAUCACUAAUUUUAAUAUAUCCAUUGAUAUCUUUAAAUUGUGGCACAGACAAUUUGUUCAUCUCUGCAGAAGACUUUGAUCUAAAAAAAGAUGAUAAAGAAAAUCACAGCAAUAGUCGUAAAAUUGAUAUUGUUUGGGCUACUAAGCCUCUAAAAAUAGAAUUUGCUAUUGCAGAAAUAAGCGGACCUCCAAAUGAACACCAACAUUCUCAUUAUUUUAGUGACAAAAUCAAAAUAGCCAAGAUGUUAAAAAUUAUGUUGAAUAGGAUAAUGCGA